UACAAGUUAGUCGUACAAAACUACCACUACAUGCGUACCAAUACAAUUGUACCACUACAAAACUACCACUACAAGUGUACCAGUACAAAGCUACCACUACCAAUACUAACAUAAUAGCACAAGCAUACUACUGGUACCGUUCUCUCUUUCCAUCAGUUGUAACAUUAAAAAACCUAAUAUCAGUUCAACGAAAUCACACUAGUUAACCCUACCGAGAUUAUUGCCUCCGACGGCAUUCCUCAUGUCGUCGUCAUCUUCUUCAGCGUGCUCGACUGGGAGAGGCACGCAAUCCUCGUCGUUCACAAUUAUUGCCUCUGGAGGCAUUCCUCAUGCCGUCGUCAUCUUCUUCAGCGUACUCGACCGGGAGAGGCACGCAAUCCUCGUUGUUCGCGAUUUGUCAUCGUUCGCGAUGAAGCAAAAUAAACCAGUCCCGUCGGAUCCCCCCAAAUCUUUGUCGCCGUUCAUUAUGUCGGCGUCAACGAGAAGUUGCUCCGACGUUGCUUCCAGUUCGUUAGGCUACCUACAUUGCCUCUGCUGAAAGAUGAAGAAUCCGAAAAUGGUAGGGGAACCAUCGUGGGCGGUUAUGGCUAGUGCUAAUCCAAUCCCACAAAUCACGCAUACCAAUAUUCCCCAUGCAUUUACUAUUUUUUUUUAAAAAUUCCGUCAAUUCAGUAUUGAAAUUAUAUUUAUUAUCACUUUUUCUUUCCUUUUUAUUUUAAAGGUUACUCAAGACUUCCCAAAACACUUUUUUUGUGUUGAUAGCCGUCGAAUUUGGAAGGGAGAUGGACGGCUCUAAUAUGGGAAGUGAAACUCUGUGACCAGAUCCUGCCCCCAGUCAACAAAACGCAGAGUAAUCAACCUACAAAUGUAUACAAAAAUUUACAAAAUCACGACCUCUACAUAUGCCAACCCUAGAUUCAGCCGUCGGUGCGGUGGGUUUCCCAAUGAAUGGCUUCCACAAUUGGUAGUCCAACCAUUUCCUCUUUGCCUAGUUGUAAUUGAUAGUGGGUCAAAGUCGUAAACAUAGAAAAUGGACCCUGUUAGGCAGGCUGUUACAGUUGGAAUUUGGAAGGGCUUCUUGGCUCUAGCUCUGUUCCCUUUGUUGUAUAUAGUAUUAGUUUAUCUGUCGAGGAUCGGGCCCAUAACACAACAAACAAGACGGCCCAGAUUGAUGAUCCGCCACCUUUUCUGGGCAUAUUGUCUUUGUCUCCAUUGUUUAACAUAUGAGGGCAAAUGUCACAUGCAACUCAUUGCGGACAUCUUGUCUUAUGGUUUUAAGUUCAUGUCCCUUUCAGCUUUGCCGUUGCAGAAGAAUCCCUAAAAACCUCAAAAUUAUCAAACCAUAUCUGUGCUGUGUUAAUCUUCAACAUGAUUAGCGCUUAUUGUUUAUGUACGUUGUCCAUAGAAGAUAUAAACUUAAGGGAUUGGA